AAGAAAAUAGUAAUUUCCCAUUUAUGUACUGAUACAAAAUCUAUGUGUGUUGUCAUACCCAACACGUAGACAGGAAACAAAAGAAUAUAAAAAAAAACGUGCUGCUUUUUAUUAGAAUAGUAGAGUGGGAUGUAAAAAGUCAGCAUGAAUCAUGCGACACGGUAAUAAGACACGGUCCUAUGACUAAGUCCACUCUUAUCCGGUGACGUAAAACAGCAUCAUGCAGCGUUUGCUAUGACGCACAUCCUCGCGUAACCAUCGUUGACGCUAAACUUACCUCCAUACACUCUCCUUCGUAUAUAUAUUAAUAUAUAUAUAUACGACAAAACGUUCCCCUUCCUCAUUAAUAUCUUUAAAUCAUUUUUGAACAAUGCAAGGAACGAUUUCUUGUACAAGGCAUUAUAAUAUGAUCCCUGCCGCUGAAUCUCCUCGACCGUUGCCACUUAAAACUGAGAAAACCGGCGAGAAUGUUCGUACGUUGGUGGAGGAGAACGCGCUGAUCGUGAUUGGACGGAGAGGAUGUUGUAUGUGCCACGUUAUCAAGAGCCUGCUUCUUGGACUUGGAGUAAACCCAGCGGUUCUUGAGAUCGAUGAUCAGGAGAAGGAAGAGGAAGUUAUGAGUGAGCUAGAGAGAAUUGGCGUUGAAGGCGGCAGAGAAAGGGUGAAAUUACCGGCGGUUUAUAUAGGAGGAAGGUUGUUUGGAGGGCUAGAUAGGGUUAUGGCCACUCAUAUCUCCGGUGAGUUGGUUCCAAUUCUUAAGGAUGUUGGAGCUUUGUGGUUGUGAUUCUAUUCAAAUGAUUUAAUUUCCUUAAAUAUAUGUUGAAUUUUGAUUCGGCAAUGGAUGUUUAUUCUUUAGGCUUUAUGAUGGAUCAAUGAUUUCCUAUCUAUAAUAAAAUCGAAGAAUGGUUAAAGUCA